AUGGACCGCAGGAUGUUUUCUGGUCAAGCUGGUCUGAAUUACAGCUUCAACCUGAGCGAUGACCGGGAGCCGGUGGACCCGCCGCCAGGCAGGGGGAAUCUCUCCCCGACGGGCUUUGUUGUACUGUCCGUGGUGCUGGGCUUCAUCAUGACUUUUGGCUUCCUUAAUAACUUCGUUGUCCUGCUUCUGUUUUGCAAAUUCAAGAAGCUGCGAACACCGGUUAACAUGCUGCUGCUGAACAUCAGUGUCAGUGAUAUGUUGGUGUGCGUGUUCGGCACUACUCUCAGUUUCGCCUCCAGCAUUCGUGGGAAGUGGCUACUGGGGCGCAGCGGCUGCAGCUGGUACGGCUUCAUCAACUCCUGCUUUGGUAUUGUGUCGCUGAUCUCUCUGGUGAUCCUCUCCUAUGACCGCUAUAGCACUCUGACUGUAUACAACAAGCGUGGGCCGAGCUACCGUAAGCCCCUGCUCGCUGUGGGGGGUUCUUGGCUGUACUCCUUGUUCUGGACAGUGCCCCCCCUACUAGGCUGGAGCAGCUAUGGCAUAGAGGGGGCAGGAACAAGCUGCUCUGUAUCCUGGACAGUUCAGACAGCCGAGUCGCACGCCUACAUCAUCUGUCUCUUCACUUUCUGCUUGGGUCUGCCUGUCCUGGUGAUGAUCUACUGCUAUGGCAGGCUGCUCUGGGCAGUGAAACAGGUGGGUAAGAUCCGAAAGACUGCAGCCCGGAGGAGAGAGUACCACAUAUUGUUUAUGGUUCUGACCACAGCUGCCUGCUACCUGCUGUGCUGGAUGCCUUACGGUGUCGUGGCCAUGAUGGCAACAUUCGGCCCCCCCAACAUCAUUAGUCCUGUGGCCAGCGUGGUGCCCUCACUACUGGCCAAGAGCAGCACAGUCAUCAACCCUCUCAUUUAUAUACUUAUGAAUAAACAGUUCUACAGGUGUUUCCUGAUUCUGUUUCACUGUGAUCACUGGUCAGCGGAGAACGGCAACAUCUCAAUGCCUUCCAAGACUACGGUAAUCCAGCUUAACCGCAGAGUCUACAGCAACACGGUGGCCUGCACCGCCCAGAUCUCCACCGAUGCCCUCAACCAGUGCUGCAGUGCGCCGGCCACCAAGCAAACAACCCCUCCUGAGGUCACAACUUGA